AUCUUAAGUGUGAGUUUUAGGUUCUAGAUAUUUAAAUAAGUGUGUAAUAUCUUAUUUAAAUUCUAGAUUCAAACCCCAAGUUAGGCUAAGAGUGUGUAAUAUCUCUUAAACACCAACUUGGUUUAUCCAUCCCUGAUUUUUCUUUCAUUUCAUAUCCCCCCAUUUCUCCUCUUAAUCUCACUCUUUUCUUCCAAUUAAAAUACCCAAAAGAACUCCCUCAUCAACUCCAUAUAUUUCCAGUCCAUUCCCCCACAAAAACACCCUUCUUCCUGCCCAAAAUUCUGCCAAAUAAUCGAUUAUCAUUCCCCACAAUCGAUUAUCAAUCCCAUUGGAAACACCUGCAGGGCUCAAUAAUCGAUUAUCCCUUUAAGAUAAUCGACUAUCAGCUUCCCCAGAAAUUCUACAGCUUUCAGUAAUCGAUUGUCACUUUGUGUAAAUCGAUUAUCUUCUGCUCCAUAGCCCUGAACUAAAGCUGAAUCAUUCCUUGAUUCCUCAUCAAAAUAGCCACUUGUUUAGACCCCCGGUUCGGGUAUAACAUUUGGUAUCAGAGCUUUGUUUUGAACAUCCCUAAGGGAUCAUCUUUACACGCCUCCCUCAUCUCUUUUGUCAACCAUACACUCUUCAAGCAAUAUAUCCACCAUGCCAAGCUCUUCUCAAAACAUGUUUCAAGGGGAAUUAGCUGCUGCCCAGGAGACACUAAAGAUGGAAGUUGAGCUUGUGAUGAAACAAAUCAAGGAGCUCACUAAUUCAGUGGAGAUUCCCACGUUUGAGGGAAGAAACGACCCGGAGAAGUUCUCAAAGUGGCUAGCAAAAGUUGAAAACGUCUUUACACUCAAAGACGUGCUUGAAGACAAGAAGGUCAAGCUAGUGGUGGCAAAGUUUCAAAGACAUGCCUCUACUUGGUGGGCUAGCAUUGCUUCAAAACGAAAGCUCCAAGGCAAGGCUAAGAUUCAAACCAAGUUAGGCUAAGAGUGUGUAAUAUCUCUUAAACACCAACUUGGUUUAUCCAUCCCUGAUUUUUCUUCCAUUUCAUAUCCCCCCAUUUCUCCUCUUAAUCUCACUCUUUUCUUCCAAUUAAAAUACCCAAAAGAACUCCCUCAUCAACUCCAUAUAUUUCCAGUCCAUUCCCCCACAAAAACACCCUUCUUCCUGCCUAGACUUCUGCCAAAUAAUCGAUUAUCAUUCCC